AUGAUCAUGGAUUCAGCAUGUAGUGAGGCUGGGCAUGGCCCAGGCCCUCGAACAAGGCAGAGACGGAAGCUUGACUCAGUACUACUACCUUCCCUCGGGUCAGGAAGCAAGAAGCGGAAACUGAUUGUGCCGAAGAAGGACCAGGACUCGGUCAAUAUGCUCGCUGGGUAUGUAAGCGAACUCAAAGGCAUGUUGCAUGGUUUAGGCAUUGAGGACAAUAACGAUGUCUCUGUCACAGCCGAUGAGGCUACAGUCACCAAUGCUGAUAUCUAUACUGUGGCUUCGCCUAAUGGCAAAUGGCUCCCUGAUUCCAUCUUGCGUUUCGUAACGCAGCAUUUUCACUCUCAGUUCGAUCCUAAAGGCGACUAUAUCUCGUUGAUAUGUCCUGCAAUGGAUCUCCUUUGUCGGCUAGCAAUAAGAUCUUAA